GUUUGAACAGGUGAAAAUGAUUAAUGAAUUUGACUAUCAAUGAACAUUUGACUAAACUUAUGUACAAUUUCAAAACAAUCAAGAUCUAGAUCUUCUAAUUCGGAAAUUACCAGAGCAUCUCUGAUGUGAUAUCUCUAAAAAAAAAUGUCUACUGGUGAUAUGAAAAAUAAUAUUAAGCAGCUACAACAUGAAUUAAAAGCAGCCAAGUAUCCACUUACAAUUGAUGUAGAUGGGUUGUUGAAAGGUUCUCCUAAGACCUACUUGGCCAUCUAUCACUAUUUAUUUACUAGUUAUAGUACUAAGCUCAACAAGGACAUUGUCAAUUCAAAUAAUGAGCUUUAUGGUAAAUCAGACAUGCGUUUCAUGGAGGCAGUCUAUAAGAUACUUCGGGAUAUGUUUGAGUACAAGCCCCAGAUACACAGAGAACAGUUUUUCACUGAUGGUUAUGCAGAAAGGAAAAUGAUAAUGGCAACAGAUGUGCUACGUCAGGUUCAGAGUAGAUAUAAGCCACUGAAAUCUUCAGCAUUCAAAGUUGCAGCAACAAAAGAGGAGCCAAUCUCAAAUCAGAAAGUUGUACAAGAGCCAGUGGAAACCACACGUAAAAUUGCUUCUAAGGCUCAAGACUUCGCUGGAGCUGUAGUGUUGCCUGUGAAAACCUCUGGUAGCUUCAGAAUACCUAAAACUGUUUUGAAAGCUUCUCAUUCACCUUUUAUUCCAUCUAAUGUUGAAGCCUUUACUUAUCCAGUGAAGGCAGCUGGUGAACCAAUACAACAGAAUCAGAAUGGUCAGGGAGGAAAUGAAAAGGCUUUCUUCACACCAGGUCAGAGCACCAACAACAUCACAGUCUCAGACCGCCCAGAGAGAUCUAUUUACCUUGAUGUUGUACCAAGGGUUUUACAAUCCAUGCAGCCAAUGGUGGAUAGAUUAACGGAAAGACUUGACCAGAUGGACUCUCUUGUUCAGAAUUUUAAACAGUCACAGACUAUAUCAACGAGUAUAAAUACUGAAAACGUUUCUCCAGUGUCAUGCCUAGAUUCCUCUGUCACAGCCCAGAUAAAUGAUCUCAGUUUUAAGCUUGAUACACUGAUGUCAAGAGUCAUUCUUAUUGAAAACAGAUUAACUCUACUGGAGGCCAAGACUAAUAAAGAACAGCCUGUUAAAACCAGUGAAGAAAUAGUAGAAUCAAGGCCACCUGUAUAUCCUACGUCUCGUAGAACUGAUACUUCAAAAACCAGUAAACAGAGUAACAAAUUUCCUCCAGGGAGAGAGAACUCUUGCAAUGAUCCUGAUGAAAGAAACCUGGAGGAUGAAAGCAGCAAUGACUUUGACCAUGACAUUGACACAGAUGUUCAAGUGAGAGUGGUGCGGGCUGAACCAGAGAAAAAUGUUUUCAGUGAUGCAUGUUCUGAUCAUCCUCACUUCUAUGAUGAACUUCAUGUUGACAGUUGUACAAAUCUCAACAUCAACCCAUCAUCAGAGGUAAAAGCUUACUCAAAGAAACCUGGCCAACUCAGUGAUAUUUCAAAUGCUGCUCUGCUUGAAACAUCUUCAAUCCAGGAACCUACUAGUGAUACAGAAAGCAGUUGGUAUUCUACAAGUCAAUUAGAUCCUGCUUUAGACACAUCCACUGCCCAGAGGGUAAAUCGCAUCAGCCAAAUGCUAGCAGAAACUCAGAAAUUGUUUGCAUGAUUGCCACACUGAACAUUUCCCAUGGUGCUCUAUACACAUUUCAGGAAUGUAUGUCUUGUAUUAAAAAAAAAAUUGCCUGAGUCAUUAGUUAAAAAGCAUUGGUUAUCACUGUAAUUGUAAUAAUUCUUAUAAAAAUAUUAUAUCACAGUCUUCAUCCCAUUUGAUGGGAUUGAGGACUUGGUUCUUGAGUUCCCUUUUAAAAACCAUGAAUAAAAGCCCUGUGGUCUCACAUAAUGCUUUUAUUUUUUCAUAGCAAUAAGAGCAAGUGCCUUAACUUUUCAUAGUGACAUUUAGUAAAUAGAAACAGGCUUCCUUUCCCUCCUCCUGCAGGUCUUGAUGGGGCUAUGUCCCCUCCUACCUAAUAGCUUUUAAAGGCCAGGAUACUCUCAACUACCAAAUGAUUUGGUCAAAAGAGUGUCUCAUUUACUGACAGACUCUGCAUGUUUAUAUAGAUUUAUCCCAGCACUCUUUUUUUUUUUAGGAUUAUUUAAGCAUGGUAUAUUUAUAUAGUAAAUCCAUCGUGAUUCGUUGAUGACCACAGUAUUUUUCUGAGACAGAUCAUGUGAAAUAGGUUCAAUUUUUUCGCAUGUGUUAUGUAUACUGUCCAGGUUAAGCAUGAUAAUGAUGAUGAUGCCAGCUUUCAAUUUUGGACUAGAGAAUCUGAAGAUGGUAUUACUAAACAGUUCUGCAUCAUCACUACAGUGCCUUAUAAAAAAAAGAGACAUGUAGACUAUACAGUGAUAUUUGAGAUAUGUGUUAUAAAAAAUGUAAAGUUGUUUAAAAUACAUAUUCGUAUACUUCGUAUGUUCAGAAGUAAACAACAAGAUUGCUUAAAUGUUCUGUAAACUUUAAUUUCCUUUCAAUUAAAAAUAUUUGUAUAUAAAAUGUAAAUAUGUACAUGAGAAAUGAGUCCAUAUUCAUUAAAGCAGGCCUGCCAUUGUAAUAUGGAGUAAACUUUUUUUGAUUUAUUGUUAUUUUCUUUUCAUGUGUAUCAAAAUUGUUUUUGAUUAAAUAAAAUCUCUAAAUCAAUUUAAGUAAAAGGUUUUGCAACAACAAAAAAAAGUUUUGAACUUUGUUUCUGAGAAAAACUACAUCAAAAACUCUUUGGAUAUGAUUUCUUAAUUAAUGGUCACAAAUCAAUUUUUUUGAAAAAGAAAAGUAUACAAAUCUAAAUGUGAUAAUUUUGUUUAUAAGUUUUAGCACAAAAAAAACAAAUUUAUGUUUUCUUAUAUGUUAUUGGCCUCUAGCAAAUAUUCAUCCUUAAUGAUAUUUGUCCAAUUAGUUCAUUAUCUAAUUUUAAAUAAAUAAAUAUCUAUAUACUAUAAUUUUGUUCAUGAAAUACCAUGCUGUUAAACUUCCAACUUUCUCAAAAUGACACCAGUUGAUUAUACAAUAGUGGUUUUAUUUUAAUGUGUGUUAUUAUUUGCUAUUCCAAUUGUUGUUUGUACAUGUUCAUAUUAGGAGCAGUCAACUAACUCCCUUCUAAAGAGCAAUGGGAACAAAAUGGUGAAUAGCUACAAGCAUUCUCACUGUAAUAUGGGGCAGUAGCAUUGAUGACAUUCAUUGCUCCUGCUAAUGCAAUCACUUAUUCUUACACUGCAGCAUGCAUACUGUUACUUCAAUUUUUUGUGUGUUUUUUUAAGCCAUCUUUUUUAAAAUUAUCGACUGUCACCUAAGCCUGUUAUGCAUAUUGUAUAUAAAAUGUAUUACUCAAAAAACAUGUCUAUAGUUCUAGAGCAUAGUAAUGCACUUAAAUUUUUUUAUUAUAUUAUCCAAAGUAACAAUCAAAUCAUGGUGUUUAAGCUUUCCAAUUCAUUACUUGAACUCAGGAAAUUGUCCAUUGGGAAAAUAAAUAUUUGAUAUUUUGUUUAUUAAGUGUGACAAUGAGUUUAUUCAGUACAGUUACUCCUGUAUGGACAUGUGAUACUGUGUGACACUGAAUGUAGCACAUGGCUAAAAUAAACAAUCAUGGCUUCUUGUAAUUGUAUUGAUUAUAUUUAGAUAAUUAUUUUGUAUUUAUUGUUAUGAAUUAUUACACGUAGCCUUAAUAAAUAAAAAUAAAUAAUGACAUUUAGUUAGAAAAAUGUUAGCACUGUAUUCAUAUAUGUCAAUGGACAUCAGUAUAAUAAACUUCAGAGGACCAUUCUCCUUUUUCAUUAAAUACAAUGUUUGGUUCCUCUGUGUUCUCAUUAUCUUGUUGGAGAAUUUAGAUGAUUAGUCCUAAAUCUGAAAUAACUGCACACUGGUUUCCAGAUCAGGCAGCUCUCCAUACAUUUUUCUUCUAUAGUUGUGUUUUGGGGCGAGUA